AUGCAAAAAAUCUGGGAGUGGAUCGUCGACAAGAAGACGAACACACUACGCAAAUGGCGAUCGUCGAUGGUCCGAACGGCGCGAGACGCCGACGACAAUGGUCCCGACAACGGCGGCGCGUUCAAAUCGCGCAAGAAAAAAUCGCAUUCGACGGGCAGUCUGAGCGCGUCGUCGAAGAAGAUCGCCGACUUCGAGACGUUCUUCGACGAGCCGCAAGUCAAGCAUCUUCUUGAGACGCGCCGCGAAUCGUUUUUGAGGCAUUCGACGUCGGCCGACGUGUUUCCCGUCGCACCGCCCGACGUCGAAACGAUCGUCGAACGAUCGCCACGCGUCACGCCGAAAUCGACGCCGAGCACAAUUCGAAAACAGUUGAGGUUCGAAAUUCCCGAGGUGCAAGUGUCAUUCGAAUCGAGCGAGCCGCGUCGCGUCAAAUUCGAGGUCUCAACGCUGGUGCCGCCGCCCGAAAUCGAUUGGAGCCAACCGAUCGAGAUGGCGUCGAACGACGUCGAGCCGAUGUUGUGCUUCGACGACGACGUCUCGAUAAGCGCUCGACGAUUGUCGGCGAGCGAGCGCGCCCGUCAGACGGCGAUCGCGCAACGUCGCCAGAGCAAUGUGCAGCUCGUGCACAACAUGAGCGGACGGACGACGUCGACGACGCUGAUUCCGUUGACGUGCGCCCAGAUUCAUUUGGUGCGAGCGCUUUGGCGCCAAGUCUACACCACCAAGGGUCCCACCGUCAUCGGCGCCAGCGUUUAUCAUCGAUUGUGCUUCAAAAAUUUGAUGGUAAAAGAGCAAAUGAAACAAGUCGAGUUGCCGCCAAAAUUCCAAAAUCGCGACAAUUUCAUCAAAGCGCACUGCAAAGCGAUGGCGGAGCUCAUCGAUCAGGUCGUCGAGAGUCUCGACAAUCUCGACAACGUCUCGUCGGAGCUGAUGCGCAUCGGACGAGCGCACUCGAAAGUGCUUCGCGGCGAGCUGACCGGCAAACUGUGGAACACGGUCGCCGAGACGAUCAUCGACUGCACACUGGAAUGGGGCGAUCGGCGGUGUCGAAGCGAGACGGUGCGAAAAGCGUGGGCGCUGAUCGUCGCGUUCAUGAUCGAGAAGAUCAAAGCCGGACAUCAUGAGCAGCGCAAACUCAUGCUGACCACUCGACAAUCGCUUCCAACCAUUCGACUCACACCAUCCGACGAUUUUAGCGCUUAA